AUGCUUUUUCCGCCGGUUACAAUCGCAUUACUAGUAAUUAUCGUAGUUGCAACAUUUGGUGGCACAUUAGGAGUUCGAGAAAUGUUCGUGGAAGGGUUAACCCGGAUAUUUGAGUGGGGUGCUCAGACGACGCAUGGUUAUGAAUAUCUGGAAGAUACAAGCGAAUCGACCGCCUCAUCAGACUCACCACCCAAGAAAAAGCGGCAUUCUUCGGGUGAUCUUGUGGAGAACGUGUCUUUGUAUUUUGGAGGUAUUAUUCAUCGAGAAAAAUCGGAACUGGUCGAUUCAAAACUUCAUUCCACUGAUGAGCCUGAAUGCCGAAAAACGACUGUUAGCGUUGUCGUCGAUGACAGUAUUGACUUUAUAGCGGCCGGUAUCGAGGCUAUCAUAGAGGAUCAGGUGACAAGUCGGUUCCGCGCUGAGCAACUGCCGUCAUGGAAUCUGCUUACAAGAACUCGAUACUCAUUUCAGUACAUCAAUGCGGCUGCACCAUGCGUCAGGCAUGGAAGCCAGGAAAAUGGAAAUCAUCAGAAUGUCGACCUUUUUCCACUCUUUCCUCUUUUACUAAUGAACUGGAGAUUAUCUUUACUAUGGGCAGCUGGUUUUCUGUUCCGAUACCUAGUUUUGGUUCCAAUCCGCAUUAUGCUCUUCAUUCUUGGAAUGACAACCAUGUGUGGUGUCUGCUAUAUUGUAGGACAUGUCCCAAAUCAGAAAAUACGAAAAUUCCUUAAUCGCCAUGUUAUGCUUGCGUCUAUGCGAAUAUUUUCGCGGUCAUUCUCCAGCAUUAUUCGAUUCCACGAUCAGGAGAAUCGAGCCAAGAAAGGAGGUAUUUGUGUUGCAAAUCAUACAUCACCAAUUGAUGUUAUGGUCUUGAGUUGUGAUAAUUGCUAUGCAAUGAUUGGACAAAAACAAGGAGGUUUUCUCGGCUUCAUACAGGAUUCACUGAGUCGUGCUGAGCACCACAUCUGGUUCGAGCGAAGUGAGGCUGGUGACAGGAAAAAGGUGCUGCAAAGGUAUCGAUUAUUCAGCCUAUUGGUUGCAAGAGCACGUGCAGGACGAGAACAAGCUUCCAAUAAUCAUUUUCCCCGAGGGUACAUGCAUCAACAAUACGUCUGUUAUGAUGUUCAAGAAAGGAUCUUUCGAGGUUGGUUCUGA